UUCGUCUUCGUCUUCCUCGCUCUGUCUUAGUAGCUGUAAAGCACUUGCUCCACUCGCUCGAUCGAGCUGCUUUGCUUCAUAGCUGUAACUGUGUAACAGCAAAGAAACAAGAAAAUGAAUGACAUAGUGGGUUUCAGGUUUGUUCCAACUGACAGAGAAAUCAUAGACCAUUAUCUGAGACUGAAGCUGCUCGGCGAUGUUCAUCGAGUGUGGGCAAUAAACGAGGUCAAUGUUUUCAAGCACGAGCCAUGGGAUUUAUGCUGGCGUUCUGCAAUCCAGUCAGAUUCGAUGUGGCAUUUCUUCUGCCAGAAGGAUUACAAAUACGCGAGAGGUGAAAGAGUGAACAGGACCACAGAUGCUGGAUACUGGAAAAAAACCGGUAAUGAUCUGGAUAUCAAGGAAGGAGUUACUAAACAAGUGAUCGGUGCCAAGAAGACUUUGGUUUUCCACAUUGGCCGUAGUCCUAAUGGGAAGAAAACCAACUGGGUAAUGAACGAGUUUCAUCCCACUUUUGUCCCUCCCGGCCAGAGGACGUUUGUUCUUUGUCGCUUGGAGAAAAAAGGUGGUGAGGAGAAUGAUGGUACACCCGGCGUUGAACAUAAUGCCCCUUCUGGAAGCAGAAAUCAUGUUGGGGAUAAUACGUUUUCUACUCCAGAAGUGAUAGGGAACACUUCUCUGCCUAUUGUGACUGAAAAUGGAGAACGCGUUGUGGACGACAAAGUUUUUAGUCCAGAGGUGAUAAGGAACGCUUCUCCGCGGCCACUUCUUACUGAAAAAGGAAAUUGUGUUGUGGAGAACACAGUUUCUUUUCAAGAGGGGAAUAAUUCAAUAGAAAUGUAUUUCAAAUAUUUGGCUUCCGUACCACUGGAGCUGCCGGAUACCAUUCUCUCCCCUGCAUCUGAAUUCCAGGUGCAGGAGACCGUGGCAGCUAACAACAUUCAAGCUGAUAAUUGCAUUGCUAGUAACCUUGAAGGAGCUUUUUUUAAUUCUGAUGUUAACAUUGAAGGUGAUGAUGAUAUCGACUUAUUUCUUCGUGAUCUUGAAUAUGUCAACCAUGCAGAAAAAGAAACUCAAGUAGACCCAUUUGGUACGGGCAAUGACAGCAUCAUUUAUCAUAGAUCAAAUGGUGCAUUGAGUGGUGGUGGUUCCAGCAUUGAUCAGAGAACAAACUCAUUCGAUGAAUUUAGUGGCGAUUGGUGCAUGAUUGAUCAGACAAUACAGGGGGUUAAUCGCAAAUGUUUCGAUUCCCCACCAUGGGAGCCGCUGGAUACCAUUAUUCCGCUUGAUCCUGAAUUCCAGGUGCAGGAAACCGUGGCGCCUAACGACAUUCGAGCAGAAAAUUGCUUAGAUAACCUUGGGGGUGAUAAUGGAGGGCUUUGGGAUCCGCAGUUUUUGCCUGGUUCUGUAUAUUUUUCCUAGACAUGAAAAUAGAGAAAAAUAAGCAGAAACACGUAGGAACUGCCGAUGCAAUGCCUACCCUACAAUAAAUGGAAGGUCUAUGAUUUCGGACGAUAUGAUGUCCUUUGUGAGACAAGGAUGUCUGGACGUGGAUGGUUUUCUUGUGAACCCACUUUCUUGUCUCAUGGAUGACAUGAUAUCGUGCGGCAUCAUGGGCGUUCCCUUCAAUAUAGAGCGAUGCUUUUGAGUGUGAUGAGUUGUGUAUCUGGUGGUACUGGUUUUAUUUAGGUUUAAAAAGAUGAACUCUUUGUAAUUUCACUUUUCUGUGUGCUUUAUUUCCUAGUAUGUGAAAAGGAAAUUCCUCUCUUA